CCUGUUUCCAGGGUUAACCUGAGAGGCUGAUUAAGUGUUAAACCUCAGCUAGCUACCAGUCAACCAGUCAACCAGCCUAAACUACCGUGUUCACUCGGUAUAUCUCCGUUUGAGCGGCGUGUUUAACGACCCCAGUAGCCGGUUGAUCUACCGAGGAGGGCGUUACGUUAGAUAUAAAGUACCAGGCAGCCAGAGAGGAGGAUUAACCUCAGCAGAGGAGCAUUAAACUAGCAGGCUAACACGAGGCUAAGCUAACUACGGUUUGUUUAUUCAGCCUUCAUUUUGAUCACUCGUGACAUCCAGCUCCCUGCAGGUCUGUGUGAGCUCCGACCACCGUCCCAUGUCCUCUGUGUGGAUGGGACGAGAGCUAGACAGCCGGUGAGAGGCCUGAAGAAGAGGAAAGCAGCAGCCAGCAGCUCUCUCUGUUACAACAUGGAGGAUGAAGAGGUGGCAGAGAGCUGGGAGGAGGCGGCGGACAGCGGGGAAAUAGAGAGAAGGCUCGAGGCUAAACUGAAAAUAAAUCAGGAGGCAGUAAAGAAGCUCAGCUUGGUUUCGGGCGGCUCACCUGUUCGAACUGCUAUUGUAAUCCAGGAUGACUCCCAGCCUGCUGCACCCCCACCACAAAUUCGAAUUUUGAAACGUCCUUCAAAUAACGGUACUGCAGGAAACCUCGCAUCCUCGACUCGUCCCUCUCAGCAGAUGAAGUCUUUGGCCCAGCGGGAGGCGGAGUACGCAGAAGCACGAAGAAGGAUCUUGGGUAGUGCGUCCUCAGAUGAUACGCCUCAGGACAAUCCAUGCCAGGACAGGCCAGCUCGUAUGAGCGUGCAGCAACCAUCAGAACCAGUUCGUCCAAACAAUCAUGUGAUCCGCCAGCCCACUGGCCCAGAUGGCACCUCAGGCUUCCGGCUCUGCAGAUAAACAGGAGCUACCUGCUACAAGGAAUUACCCUGAGAGGGCAUAAAGGGUGGCAGUUAAAGGGGUUAAGUGUGGUAUGACGAGCAGAGUGGUGGGACGACGCAAAAUUUGACAGACAUUAGGAAUAUGAAGACGUAGCACGGAUUGAAAUGAACUUCUCCACCCUCUCUCUACUCUGCUUACUGGCAUGGUCUUUGCCUCUCACCUUGUCUUUUCCUUCUGUGAAAUGUUGCAAGGGGCUGGCAGAGAUCAGCCAAAGGUCUGAAACCCCUUCUGUUCCACACUGUGAACAGGCGUUCGCCUCACAUCCCUACACACUGUGAUACUUCGAUGUACCAUGAGGUGCCCUAUGAUUUUAAGUAUGAUUGGCCGGCCGAGCGCCAAGGCAUCAGGUGUCAGUCUCUUCAGGGAGAAUAAGGAGAGCUCGUGAAUCUGUGGGAAUUCCCCGCAGAGGGGCAAGCGAACGAGCUGGCCUUACCACCGAUGGAACGUGGAUCACGGCUGGGUGUCCACCGGGAAGCUGGCCUCAGUUUGUUGGGUUCAGUGGAAAUUUGACGGUGCUGAGAGUUUAUUGUGUGUUCAGCAGCUUGAGUGCAAGGUGGGAGAAAGUCAAACUGAUCCAACACUUUGAGUAAAAAAGGCACUGUGCUCAAACGUGCGUUUUUAUACUGUAGUUGCAUAGCAAUGGCAGAGGCCCAGACCAGCACUUUCCACUGUCCACAGGCCUCUGUUUGGCACUGGUGGCGAUGAAAGAAAUGCCCGGUGGGCACGCAGCCUAUGGCCAAAGAUUAUAGAUCGGAAGGACAGAAUGUCACUAAAUCUAAGCUUAUACAAGCAAUAAAGAUGAAUUUACUCCCUGGAUUAUUUUUUACAUGUUGCCUAAUUACCUGUGCUGUGUUUUGUUUCUCGUGUUUUAAACAGCUGACAUUGUUUCUUCAUGUUUGUGUUUUUUUUUCUCAGACAUAGUAUGUUUAAGUCAGGAGAUUAGUAGUGUAUCAGAGACUAGAUGAUAUAGCCUGCAUAGGAAACGUUAUUGGUAGUAUCAUAUUCAAUUUUAUCGAAGUGGAAAAAGUCAGACCUGUUCAUGAAUUGAAAAUCUUAAGUUACCGUGCAUUAAUGUCCCCCUGUGUGUGUGUUGCCUUGCUGUUAAAUCAGAAUUGUUAAUACAGUCAACUGCACUGCAUCUGUUUAGAAAAGAGGACUUUCAUUUGUUUUUUGCACCAGUUGAAGUAUAUUGACUGAUUGCAUUAAUAUUAUGGUUUGGUCUUCAGAAAUGGAGGAUGAUAUAGCCACAUGACAACUGUGUUAUUUUCGAAAGGGGCAAAAAUUGUGGUGAAAACUACAAAAAAAAGAUCACAAAAAUAAUAGAAAUAUCAUCUUUCAGUCAGAACAGAGCCAAAUUCCACUCCCUGGUUUUGAGGAAUGUCUUUAAUGUGGUGUUUUCACACAAAAGUAUCUACACUAUUGUUUGCCACUGAUUGAACAUAAAAGUUUGCAAACCUUGAAAUUAAUAAUCUCGUCAAAAACUGAUAAAUUGCCAGUACUGAGAGUUACUGCAGCAAUCUUCAAUCUGCAAGAGUGUAAGGCAACUAUAAAAUGCUUCUCUAAUAGAAGUGUUACAUGACUGUGCUUUGACCAUAACUUAUACAAAUAAUUUCAAUUGUCAGUAAAAUCAUUGAUUGGAAAUAGUCACAAGAAAAGUAAUGAAUUGAAACUAUGAUUAAUGGUAAAUUAAACACCUUGCUUCUACACAACAGCAAACAUAUUAACAUGGCUUAAACUGCUGCAUUUGUACCACUUAUUCCAGCCUCACUUACUGUAAAUUUAAAAAGUAAAAAAAGACAUUUAGGGUCAGGGCAGUGCAUAGUUCACAGUUCACUAACGUCUGGGAAUUGAAGUUUCUGUUUGUUGAUGACAGCAAUAUAAGUUGUCCAUUGCAGCUCUAACAUCUCAAUAUUUAUGUUUUAGGAGAUAGUAUACACUAUACCCUUAAUACUGUAUACUGUUCCCAGGGAUCAGAUUCAAUUAUUGAAAUAAAAUGGAUUUGUUGUCAUUUUAAAUUGAUAAUUAAAAGCAAAAACCCAUCCUGUAUCUAUGUGAUCUGCACAUGAAGCUUUGUUUCAGUCAUUCACAGCUGCCUGUCUACUUUGAGGCUGAUUUGAUGUCAUUGCUACUUUGAAACUUGAAAAACACAAAUGAAAUUUGAAUACCCUUUAAUAAACACACUUCAAACUUGG